GUUGACUCCGGAUGAUUCGAAUGUGAUGGUUGUUAGGGAACAAACGCCGUCGGAAGCGCUUGCAAUAGUCCCGAUCCAAUUUUUUGUGCCGCCAUCCCAGCAAACAACCACUGACGCAGAUUCCGAACCAACCCCUAUGCUACAGAUUGAAGGGGCAAGAGAAACCACUCCUGAAACCCCCAAACAACAUCAAGAAACAACACCCAAGCUUCCCCCAGCUCCAACAAAAAUUCAUCCAGACGCCGAGGAAGCUGCUGCCCUGUUGAUGAUGGCACGGACAGCAAGCUAUGUUCCUAAAACAGAUCUGCCGAUGCCAUCAUUCAGCCUUGGAUUGACAGAUUCAAGCCAGGAGGGGGCAUCGACGUAGGAGACAGAAAGGGAAAAAUCUCCAGAAGCUGCAACUAUGCUGGAACAAUUGGACAGUUUGGUCCAAAAGUUAGCAGGCAGUGCGUCAAAGGGAAAAGACAAAAGUCCACAAAUUCGGAGGGAGACUGGGGGAGAAAGUUCUGCUAAGUUUGAAACACCGGGGGGAACAAAUCAAAUUCCGGAUGAUAUGAAAGAAAAGUGCUACAUCUGGGGGACGAGACUGAAGGAGGAUGCAAAGGGCGAUACUAACGAGUUUGAGGAGAUAUGCACUCUGACUGGCCAAGGACAGUACAUUUUGAUGAGAACGCACCUUGCAUCCCUCCAGGCAAACAGUGAUAUAGAAUGUCAGGUUGUAUCUGCCAUCUGCCUCAUCCUAAACCAGAAAAAGGAAAAGAGGUUUCAUGCACAAAUAUACUGUCUCCCCCCAGAUAUUGUGAGCAUGGCACUUUCUGAUCACCCAAACGGGGAAUUCAUAUCUCCGAAAACGAACAGAGAAUUCAGGGUGGAAGCCUACCCCAAUUUCAUUCCCUUCAUAGAUAGGAAAAAAUUAAGUUCGCAUCCAUAUAUUUUUGCUCCUGUUUGCCACACGGGACAUUGGUGGUUGUGGCUAAUAAAUACAAGAACGCGGAAAUGUCAAAUACUUGACCCGCUACACAAAAAA